UUCCACAACAGGCUUCCAAUUAUGACGAAUUCUUCAUGCAGCAGACCUUGCACUUUGCCGAUAGUUUGAAGGCAUCUCCUUAUAUUUUCAUAUAUAUGUUACUGGUGUUGCUUAUUUUUCUCUUUUUUCUGCACAUUUAUUUUGAAACCUGAACUUCCAUUUUCCAUCUAAUUCAAUUUCUAGGACUUGAAGUAUUUAAGGAAACAGUUGUACUCAGCUGCAGAGUAUUUUGAAUUAUCUUAUCAUCAAGAUGAUCAUAAACAAUUGUGAGUCACCCUUAUCUUUUCAAUUUUGUGUUUGUCACAUUUCCAUCUCCUAUCCCUAAUCAAUUACCAAAUUAAGGUGUUUUAUGGACUUUAUUUCAUCCGUAUCGUGUUUUUUAAAGUUUUUUUUUCAAUCUACUGAUAUUUACAUGAAAGCUUGAUUUGAACUACCUUGAAAGCAUUUUUUGCAAAACAUGACGAGUAGAAACAAACAAUAGUAGAUUGAGAAAUACUUUAGAAUUUAUAGACACAGGCAAUAAAGUUACAAAAGAAUGGUGAGUGAAUCAAAAACUCCUCUUAUCCCUUCUCUUGUUGUUCCAUAACUAUUUUUCAUGCUAACUUGUAUAGAAUGGUGGAGACCUUGAAAGAUUAUCUCACCAAAGCUCUCGUUAGUACUGUUGAUCACUUGGGUUCUGUUGCAUAUAAGGUCAACAAUUUCUUAGAUGAAAAAGUCAAUGAAGUUUCUGAAACAAAGCUUCGAUUCUCUUGCAUCGAACAGAGGUUACGAGCAUGCCAACAGUUUGUAGAUCAAGGUGGCCAUUCGCAGCAGUCGUUUUUGAUAAAAACACCAAAGUAUUAUAAGCGAUAUACUGUUCCAGGAAAUUAUUUUCUUCUCUCCUCUGGGGAGGCCAUGCCUGCUAUCAGCAACACUAAAUCAAUGCAUAACAGUAGCAGGUUGUGUCCUGAAUAUGACUUAAACCCAACUAAGAAAGCUGUUCAAGCAACAACCAUGAAGGUCGAAUCACCAUUUAGAAAGGGGCUGUCUUCUACUGAAUCUCCUUCAAAUCCUGCAACAUUUUCAUUUACAAGGGUUCUAUCCACCAAAGAAACAGGGACACAAGAAGCCUCACCCCUUCGCUUUUCUCUCAAGCGUUCUGGAUCUCUUGUUAAAAGAUCGAAUACUCCAAGUCGUAACGAUAAACAGUGGAAUCAGUUCCCAUCGGAGCCUCAAAGAUCAGUUUCCAUGUGCAUUCACCCAGAAAGGGACAGAAAAAAAGAGAUUCAACCAAAUUCCAAGAGAAGUAAAAGUUUCUUCAAAGCCUUGCUUAGCGUACACAGGUCAAGAAAGGAAGAUGUACCAUACUGGUAUCGGGAUGGCUACUGA